GGCUGUACCAGAACCAUGUUGUGAGGCUUGAGUUUUUUGUUGGUUCCGGAACAAAGAUCAAACUGUCGGCGCUAUCGAUACGCAACUUCUCAGCAAAUAUGCUGAACAAUCUCAACGCAGCGGGAUUGGGUGGACCGAAGGAAUGCGAUCUGCCGAAGUCGGGCCUCACAUCGCUGCACGGCGGCGGUGCGCCCGGGUUUGGCCAGGUCCCCAAUCCAGCCAGCAACGCCGACAGCAACGCCAACCGGCUGCACGUGAACAGUGGCAGUGCCGGGGCCACCACGGGCGGUGGUGGAAGCGGAGGCACGAGUGGAGGGGCCCAGGGAGCCGGAGUGGGGCCCAACACGCUGUGCGAACCGCACAACAUCCACCAGGAUCAGAAUGCUGACAAACAUGGUGGAAAACAGAAGCGGCACCGAACACGCUUCACGCCGGCUCAGCUGAACGAGCUCGAGCGCUGCUUCUCGAAGACGCACUACCCGGACAUCUUCAUGCGCGAGGAGAUCGCCAUGCGGAUCGGGCUCACGGAGUCACGUGUGCAGGUCUGGUUCCAGAAUCGGCGCGCCAAGUGGAAAAAGCGGAAGAAGACAACCAACGUCUUUCGCACGCCGGGUGCGCUCCUGCCGUCCCAUGGACUGCCACCGUUUGGGGCUAAUAUUACCAACAUUGCCAUGAGCGAAAGUUUAUGCGGCACGUCGAUGUUCGGGGGCGAUCGAUGGGGCGUUGGAGUCAAUCCGAUGACCGCCGGCUUUGGUCAGCUGAACCAAUCGUCUUCGCUCUCCAGCACGCUCAACACGGGGCUCAACUCGGGUAUCAACAUAUCCUCGGCAAUGGGUGCCGGUGGGUAUCACAACUAUGGACUGAAUGCAGCGCUAGGUGAUACGAUGAUGUACCAACACUCGGUAGGCGGCUGCACGGGCAACUCACCCACAUCGACCCCGCCAAACAUAAACGCUUGCUCGCCCUCCACCCCACCCCUGUCGAACGGUGGCCAGCAACCGACCCAGGCCCAGCAGCAACAGCAGCAGCAACAGCAACAGCAGCAUCAGCAACAGCAACAACAAGGUGCUAGUCAAAGCGAUGCCUCCACCAACGGAGAUAUGACCGGUGCCAACCAGCACGGAAUCGGCAACUGUCACAACCUGACGACCGGCACGCCCGAAGGAGACGACGAUGUUUGGCGGGGCCACAGCAUAGCGGCACUGCGGCGCCGCGCCUCCGAGCUCAACCAAACCAUGCCAUCCUAUCUACAUGCUCACAACUACGAUCACCACAACUCGGUGUAUUGACUGCAGUUCUUCAAGUAACCGUACGGCCGACGCCUGCCGCAGCAGUGGACGCAGGCGCAGGCACAAGAUCUCGGCGAGAACCACAUACCGGCACAGUAUUAGAGCAUCGGUAAACUGGCGAACGGAUUGCUUGAGCCGACUACCUACCAGCCUCCAAUCUUUCUCCGCACAGGAGCAACGGCCAUUGCAGAGAAUCUGUGUUCUGUUCGUCUUUGAUGGAAUAGUGUACUAAUUUCGUUGCACUGAAGCACGUCAUUCCUUUAACUUUUGAGUCCUUUCUACAACUGGCAAGUGUUCGGAUAUGGUGCACAGUUGUAAAGCAACCUGAUUUUUAGAUCCUACCCUCGAUUACUGAGGACACGAAAUGAGGUCCCACAUUCAGCAUCUAGCAGCGUGUGGCAGAAACAUAAAAGCAAGAAAACGUGGAACACUGGAAUGGCCCUGCGUACAGUGCAAGCGAUCGUUUUCCAUCCUUAGAUUACGGCUAAACAGUGAAGCGUAAAAAGUGGUCUGAUAGAAUUCUUCAAAAUCGGGGUAUACUUGAUUCCUUAUUCGUCUUCGCCGAAAUUCAAGGAACUUAUAGAAAGCUUUCACUGUACCAGCAGGCAGGCCAUUUGUGUUAUUGUGACGAGCAUGGAAAGCUCGUUGGCGCGAAACCGAACCGUUUGGUAACGAGUAUUUGAUAUUCGCACGAAGUCCACGCACGUUACCAUCACUAUACAUUCCUUAAACAUGCAAGAAUACAUUUCUUAGUGAUCAAGCAAACUAUC